AUGUGCCUGCGCUCCAUGGACCUGUCACACAACACACUGCGCUCCUUCUUGCUGGACCUACCGGCGCUCAGAUUCCUCAACCUCUCCAGCAACGGCAUUCGCGUCAUUUCGCCUACUUCGUUCCUGCUGCCCGAGGUGAUCGAUAUCGACUUGAGCUACAACCAGAUCGCAGUGUUGGAUCAGCACACGUUCAAGGACACCCCCAAGCUGCAGGUGCUGCGCCUGGCAGGCAACCAGCUCAACCGCUACGACAACCUGUUGCUGCCACUGGUGAUGCGCAUGCUCGACCUGUCCUACAACAAGAUCGUCACCAUGGAGGAGACGUCGCUGGACGGGCUCAACAUCUCUCGGCUGAUGCUGGGACACAACGGUUUCCGGUCGCUUCCGCAGGCUGCGCUGUCACGCGUCGGCUACGUGGGAUACUUGAACAUGGACGGCACACAGAUCACCACGCUGCGCCCACGGUCGCUCAACCGAGUCCGUGUGGGAAGCAUCAGCCUGUCCAGGUCCAGCACACUAGCGGAGAUCGAUUCACAUGCCCUCACCAGGCUGCCGUUCCUCCGGCAUGUUCGCAUCAGCGAGAACCCUAGCCUGGUCUAUAUCAGCCCAUCUGCCGUUUCCAAGUCUCCCAAUGUCACAUAUGUCGACUACUCUAAGAACAACCUACUGGCCGUAGAAGAGGAGAUGCGCAACGUGCUGCCGAACCUGACCGAGAUCCACGUGGCGGGCAACAACCUAGUGUGCCACUGCGGCAUGGCUUGGCUGCACAACGUGAGCCCGGAGCCGGUGCUGUGUCGCGAGGAGAACGGCACGGAGCAGGCGAUGCCGGAGGCGGCCGAGGAGUGCCCGCCAGUCAUAAUGCCUACGUUCCCGUCUACAAUACUGAAACAGCUGUCGCACAACCUGACGCUGCGCUGCCGUGCCGUGGCGUCUCCGCCCGCUAAGACUUCGUGGCGCCUCGGCUCCAAGCUGCCCGUGGGCCGCCCAUUGCUGCGCGUGCGCGAGUGCGUGCGCGGCGGCCGCGCCUGUGUCGACGAGGACUCCACGCUCAACAUGCGCUACCUGCACAUUGACGACUCCGGCACCUACUAUUGCAUCGCAGAGAACGCGGCUGGCUCCACACGCCGACCAAUGCACCUCGCCGUCAGUGAUGUCCUGGUACGCCUCUACCCGAUCGCCGUCACCUCCAACUUCGUCACGCUCUCCUGGAACAUGACUGGCGGCGGCACUGGACAUUAUCUUCUGCGCUACAACAACCAAGUUAUCCGCUUCCAGGUGGGCGUCCGCAUCCACUCCUACACUGUGCACGGUUUGAAGCCGGGCACUCACUACCACUUCUCGCUGUGCAUCGAGCGCGACGGCUACGUGUUCGAGAUUGGCAGCACAGAGCUGACGACUCGCGAGGACGGCUUCAUGCGCACACUGGGCAUCAAUCGCAACUACUCAACGGCCAUCUCCCUGAGCGUGAUGGCAGGCGCCUUGGCUGCGGCUUGCGCCAGCGCCUGCCUGCUACGCAUCUACCGCCAGCGCUCACAGCUGCGUUGCCCGCCACCCACCAACCUUGCCAGUGUCUCCUUCAUCGACAUGCCGGUCGAGUGCUCCAUGGCUUCACCCCCCAGCACCGAAAGCUCCUUCAUAACCAACUACCCGUAA